CGAGCGAACAUUGCUAACGAUAAGUUAAAGAAAUUAUUCAAGCUAAUUUAUUUAUUUCUUCUUAUAACUUAAGUAAUUCAAGUUGAUAUACAUAAUUUCAUUAUAAUAUAUUGAUGUCCGUUUUAAUCCUAAACUUGUUUCACAUUGUCAACACUUAUUGGGCAAUUUUUUUAGCGUGUUAGACGCCAUUCUAGAGAAACUGUGUUGCUACACGUCAGUGGGGAAAACUGAGAGAGUCGCGAGCUUGAAAAAUGCGAGUUUUAAUAAGUUAUGCACUGAACAUAUGCAGUUUACACCAAGGGACUGAUGUUGAAGACGUUCUUAUCAGCUCUUUUUAACGUAUCGUUUAAUCAAUCAAGGUGACAGCUUAGCGUUGAGAUAGUCUACCACUGAGAGUCAAACUGCAAUUCUUUGUAGUACUGAAGAUGAUGUUGAGUUGAACUGCAGUUAGCGAGUGUAAUACAUGUAUGAUGUAAUGCACACGCUAUGCAGGUGUCCUCUGAUUUAAUCCAAGGCUACUGCCAGCAAGGAGACCUAGAGGCAUUGCAACUGUCUUUGUCAGGAAUCUCCCAAAAAGACAUCAGAAACUUGCUGAGCAAAAAGAACACAGCAGCAGGUACUGCAUUGUUUGAAGCCAUUGUGCACCAACGAACAGAGAUAGUAGACUUCCUGCUGAACCAGAAGUACUGUGAUUUGGAGCAGGAAUGUGAUGUAGACAUAGAAUUCUGCCCCUUGCCAGUAAAAGGAAUAUGUACAGCUCUUUAUCUUGCCAUUUUGGUGGAUAAUGAAGCUAUUGUGAAGUCUCUUCUGGAAGCUGGGGCAUCAGCAACUCAUAGAACCAAGAGGAAAACACCACUGUUUCUAAUAGCGGAUUCUGCAGGCUUGUCUGUUAACCUCUUGCACUUACUAGUUCAUCAUGGUGCAGAUGUAAAUGAAAAAUUAAAUGGAUGGAAUGUUUUACAUGCUGUGUGUCACAAUCACCGUGCAAAUUUUGAUGCAGCAAAUGUAAAAAAAGUGGUACAGUUUGUACGAGCAUUAGCUGAAUAUGGUUUGGACAUCAAUGCCCAGUCUGACUGUGGAUGCACUCCAGUCGAAGAGGCCUGUAAAACUGGAUGUUAUCUUGUAGGAAAAUGGCUUUUGGAACAACGUAGUUUAAAAGUCACUGAAAGAGAAAGAAUAAGGUUGUGGCUUCAGCUGGGAGCAGCGUGUAUUCUACACAAUGCACAAUUAAUAUACCACCAGUGCCUUGUAUCCAGAACUUUAAAAUGUUGGAAAAAAGCUCUGAAAGUUGCAGAUGUCUCUCAUUGCACUGAUGCCUUCAAACAUUUGCCAGAUUUCAUAGUGGAGUUCAAAGAUAGUGAAGACUUUCAGGGCACCUGCAAUGAGAUUUUGCUCUCAAUUUCUCCAUUCAGAGAUAAAGAUACUCUUCGAAAAUUGGGAAGGAAUUUUAGAGCUUUAGAGCAACAGGCAUUAGCUUUGCGCAUGUCUCUGAAUGUGGAGCCUACUAAAAGCAAACUUGUGCUUGGAGAGCUUUUGCAUGAAGCAUCAAGAGUGGUGGAUCAAGAUAUGUGCCUGGGGAUUAAACUAUUUAUCUACUCAAUAAAUCUCAGUUUAGAGGGAAAGUUUCAAAAUCAGUGUGAGGAAGCUCUUUCUUUUCUCAUGCAAUAUGCACUUCACAAAUUCACAACAGGUAAAAUAAGCAACAAUUCUGAUGCUGCCCAGUAUAUAGAUCCACUCAUUGCUAUGAUAAAUCUUAUAAAUAAAUUAAUGAGGCUCAUACUGGAGCUUACACCAAUUUGUGGAGAAAAGGAUGAUUCUAAUUUUUUGGAGCAGAUAGAAAAUCUGAUGGGGAUUCUUGGAAUGCUGCAUGUCAUCAACAGUAAAACUGCAUUAAAUCCAUCUCAAAAAGGAAAACUCAUUCACAGUCUCUCUACAAUCCUUGAAAUAGAAGAUCAAGUGUGGCAGACAUUUGAAAUUAAUUUGAAUUGGGAAUUCAUUAGAAUUGCAUCAUAUAACGUGUUCACUGCUAGAAGUACUCUGUAUUUUUUCCAAGAGGCUCUUUACCCCAGCAUUCUCAUCACUGACUGGCUUGUUAAGGCAGGCAUAGAUGUAAAUGUUAAAGACAAAGAUGGUACCACACCUUUGAUAUUUUGUCUUAAAUCUUUACACCCUGAUAAAGAUUUCAUCAUAUAUUUUAUUAUGAAUGGUGCACAUGUUGAUGUUGAGAACAGGUAUGGCGAAAAUCCAUAUGAUAUUCUAAUGGCUCAUCCAGAACUGGGGAUAUCUCCAUUUGAAUUUAUGACACUGAAAUGCCUGGCAGCUCGAACUAUUAUUAAACAGAAACUUCGUUACAAUAAGUCUGGAAUGUUGCCUAAGAAUUUACUUGCAUUUGUUCAAGUACAUGAAAAAUGUGGACAUCAUUGAAGGGAUGUAAGUGAGAAUAACUUUUGUGUGUGAAAAAUCUGAGUUGAGAGUUCACUGUGUUACCCCAAAAAUAUGCAACUGACAAGGUUAUCAAUAAAACGACAAUAAUAAAAAUU